GUCAUACCACCCACAUCAAUCUCAUCCUCAACGUCUUUCUUAAACCAAUCUUCCUAAAUUCCUAUCAAACAGCAUAUUCCUCCACCACCAUCAUCAAUAUGUCGGCCCAAGACAAGUUCAACUACUACAUCGCCCAGAUCGACAAAGAACUCUCCAAAUAUCCAGCAUUGAUCAAGCUAGAGAAACAAGUUCAAGUCCCUAAAGCUUAUGCUAUUCUCGGUCUCGCCGGUGUACUCUCAAUAUUCAUCUUUUUCAACAUUGCCGCUGGUUUCUUGACCACCCUCUUGGGAUGGGCUUUACCGGCUUAUUUAUCUUUACAAGCCUUGGAAACCCCUAGCUCGGGUGACGAUGUACAGUGGCUCACUUACUGGACUGUCUUUGGAGUUUUCAACAUCAUCGAAACUUUUGCCGAUAUUAUUCUAUAUUGGUUCCCCUUCUACUACACCUUCAAAUGUGUUUUCAUUGUCUGGCUCAUGUUGCCACAAACCCGUGGAGCACAAACCGUUUACUUCAAAGCCCUCAAGCCUCUCGUAGCCAGCACCCAAAUCAAGACCAGUGCUCCUCCAGAGACCGCUCCUCAAUAGAUGCAAUUAAAUUCUGAUAAGUUGUUGAAUCACUCAAUCGUUCAUUCAUCAUGUUUCCCCAUUUUGAUCGAAUAUGUUUAGUGUCUCUAAUAGCUAUCUCGAGCAUCUUCAAAUCUAAGAAAAAAAUUAUUCAACUUGUUACAUGAUGUUGUGUUGUCAGUCUGCGUAUGCUUGUACGUGUGGCGUGUGCGUGUGUGAUUAACUAUUAACUGAAUGUUUGACCUAGAAUUGCUCUGGUGUCCUCUUCUUUUUCGCUUGGUGUCAUUUGUCUAUGAAAUACUCUGCUGCCCUGCAGUUUGUCCUUUAC